CUGUCUUCGGGUGUUUCCACCAUAGAUACGGAUGCGUAGAUGCCGUGUCUUUGUCAAAUUUGUCUUGAUAUCUAUGGUUUUCACGAUGUUUUCAUCCCAGUUUUAUCCAUGUAUUGUCAGUUUAAAGUACAGUCACUGAUAUGAUUAAACAAAUAAUAUUUAAAAGCUGAAGUCGAAGCAGAGAAGUGAAAAUGAGUUUCGAAGCCAAGAAAUGCGGAGUGCAGUUCAGUCCUCCCUCCAUAGUUUUAAUUUAUCAGCACAAAGACACCAAAAAGCUUCGAAAAAGAGUAAUGCCUGUUCGGAACUUCUCCAGAUAUUCAGACUGUAACAGGGCUGCUGAAGGCCUGAAGAACAACCCCCGGCACAGGGACUACCUGGAGUCUGUGUCCUGCCGUCAGCUGGAGAAGCUUCUCAUCAUUCUGCGGGAUCAUAUGAAGGGUUUCAGCCUGGAGCACAGCCUCGCCUUGUUCCAGCUCGAUCCUGAAGAAGACCUGAACAAACUGGACGACAGAGAGCUGGCUCGAAAAAAGGAACAAAUGGACCAACUGUUCGAGAAGAACCGAAAGCACAAAGACGAUCCAGACUUUGUUUAUGAUGUGGAAAAAGAUUUUACAAAGACAAGCCAGGAAAAGUGCAGCUGGGAUGAAGAGUCAGAUGAUGGAUUUUAAGAAGGAUAUUUAUGUGUUGAAUUUAAAUCACACAGAGAUACAAAAAUCCACUGUGCUCAAUCUUAAAUCAGGAUGAACAUUCAUCCAAAGUCU